GCUUGUCCCCAACAAUUAGCCAAGAGCUUCUGGUUUCAGGGGAGAGGGACUCACCUUGCACAAGUCCUUCUGCUUGGAAGCCUUUUGUGGCCUUCAGAAAGGAGUUGAGCAUGCAGGAAAGCAUUUGCUGAUGGAAAAUGGCCCAUUUGGAGGGGAAAGAGGCUGUGGUGAGGCACCUACGGGCAAAGUUCCAAGGGAGCAGGAAUGACCCUCCCAGUGCAGGUGGCCAGCCCGAGAGUCGCUCUACAACAUCCUGUGCAACGGAGACAAGACAAACCCCCACGCUGCCUCCCGAGCACCCCUGGACCAAGAGGAUGGACUUCAGCACGGCUCCUCCAUCUCACAGUAAGGGUCAGAGCGUGGGACAGCAUUUGACUCCUCAUCCCAUUUGUGAGACCCCAGCACGGAUGGUGCAACUGAAGAAGGGGAAUGCUCGAGGUGCCGGCUUUCCCCGAGUCCCUGUGAAGCCAGGUGGAGAUGCAUUGAACAAGGAGAUGGAAGCCACCUCCGAUCCUCCCCAGAAAAACACAGCCCAGCAGACACGGCCACUUGCCAAAGACAAAGGUCCUCCAGCAAUUUCUGGCAAAGGCACAACUGUUGCAGCCUCCUUGGACACUGUGGGAAGCCCUCACAGGACCGGACACCCAUCUGGGCCUCGGAGGAAGCCUUUGCCACACGUGAAGGCACUGGGAGCGAGGCCAGCCAAGCCCAGGCGCCCUCCUGUCGUGGAUCUGGAGAAGUUUGGUGUGGCUCCACAUCCUGGGAUGCCCGUCCGUCCUGUCACAGAGCCACCAAGAAGUGCUCAGCCAGGUUACCUAAGGACAGCCUGCAUUGCAUCAGCCCCAGCUCGCCUCCCACCGCAGGAAUGCUCUGACUGUAAUGGGGGGUGAAGAUGAGAUAUACGAUGACGUGGAGCCUGUUGGGCUGCUCAGGAGUGGCCAAGGCUUUCUGCUGCCCCCCAUGUCCCGGCCACCAGUACAUCCCCGCCCCAGAGGAGGGUUUGGUUUUGCAGGUGGAGACACUGGUCAGGCCUCUAACAGGGCUGCACUGCUGGCGGCAGCACACAGAGAAGCCCCAAUCUCCCGCAAGGGGAAGCCAAUGACACUCAAGGAAUGCAAGAAAGAAGAGAAGGCAGACAGGGAUUUUCAGAAGAAAUUCAAGUUUGAAGGAAGCAUCCAAGUCCUGACUCAGAUGAUGGUUGACCCCCGCGCAACGGAGAAGAGGGGUGGAGGGAAGAACCUGCCGCUGAGACGAGGAGAAAUUCUCGAUGUCAUUCAGUUUACAAGCCAGGAGCAAAUCCUCUGCCGAAACAGCGAGAGGAGGUAUGGGUACGUGCCUCGAGCUGUGAUGCUACAGCUGGAUGCUGACAUCUAUGAUGAUGUUGAGAUUUAUGGUUGAGCAAUCCAUGCUGAAGCCAAAGGCACAAGACAGCACCAGCAGAGACCUCCCCAAGGGCCAUAAGAUGACAAGCACUGCAUGCCACGCUCCUGCUUUGGAAGGUGCUCUGUCUCCUCCAGCAGAGCCUGCAAACCCUCUUGUCCCUGUGGAACCAGCACGCUGCGGGGCUGCAGGAUCCUGUCCCACGGGGGCAGACGGUCCAGAGAUCCUCAGGUCGAAGCCUUCUCUGUGUCUUUGUUUUGCCUAUGUAAAAAUAUGGCAAUGGUCUGAGAGGGUUUUGUGGUCUUAUUCGGGCUGGGGUGUGUGUGUAAAAUCUGGGCCAGAGAAGUUUUAAUUCAGAAAGGUUUUAAUAUUUCCCAAAUCCUAGAGCAUCCUCAGCCCAGGAACUGCACUGUAUCCCUAAACCCACCCACCUCACCCUCCAGCUGCCUUCUGCGCUGCUCUACUGCCCCAGUGAGGCUCCUGGGCUGAGCCAGAGUCAACGCAGCCAAAGAAAUCCUCUAAAACAUCGUGGGCAGCGAUGAUUACUGAACCCGGCUCCCAGCAGCAUGGUGUGGGCUCAGGGCAGCUUCCCUGCAGAGCUGGUGGAUCUGUUGGGGUUGAUUCCUGCGGGCACAUCGCCCUGUCAGCACCCUGGGUUUGUGCGCAGCUGCCAUGGGAAGUUCUCCCCUUGCCUAAGAAGGUGUCCCCUUUGACAAGCUUUGCCCUCAGGAAGCCCUUACCAAUGUGGGGUGGGAAAGAGGAUGUGCUCGUAGCCGGUGGGAGCAUGAACAACUGCAUGAACACUCCGGUGGCAGGACUCGGAUCCUUUUGAGUCACAAACUGUGACUGGAAGGGAGACUCUGGGGGCUUCAUCCCUGCCCUCAGCCUGCAGCCCAUGGCCCCGAUCCUGGGGGCAGAGGCUUAACCCAGAGGUUCGGCACCGCGCCGGCGGGAUGCCAAGCCCAGAUUAAGCAGUUGAAGACGUCACUUUUCCAUUACGGGAACGGCUCCCAAAGAGCCCCGAAGCUUUUGGGUCCCAGGGAUUAGCCACCAGCACACUCAACUCCUGGUAAAGGACUGGGAUCCAGCAUUGCGGUGGUGCCCGGGGUGAUGAACGGGACCAGGAGCUGCUCUGAGGGGCAUCGCUUGGGCAGCUGAGGAUGGCCAUGUGGAACCGGGUCAGGAGAGCUUUGCCAGAGCUCGCUGUCCACCAACUGCCUGCACAUCUGGAAGUGGGUACAGACUUUCUGGCACAAAAAUGGUCUCUUGACCCUGUCGAUGCUGUCGGUUGCCAACCGGGUGCCUCCUGGGGUUCCUACUGCGGGCGCUGGAAGCUGACAGAAAUGGUAAGCCUGGGAUGGAGACGGGAAUGGGAGCCAGGGGGAUGGAGUGGAGCAGCUA